GCUGUUUGGAUUUUUUUUUUUUUUUUUUCCUAAACUCAUAUCUUCGUCUUUCUCUUCUCCUUUCUCUUAUUCUCUCUAUUAUCAUAAUCACCAUCUAUCAUCAUCAAUUCAUCAUCAUCAAUUCAUCCAGAUAUCUUCGAGAUGAUUAACUUAUAAUAUUGUUUCUGCUAGAAUAAUCGGUGGGCUUUCAUAUCUUAUGCUGGCUUUAACUCUUAUUCUCUCUUGGAAAGCGACUCACUAUGUACAUCAGCCACAUGCACAAGACGGAGAAGGAGUUAUGGUGUCGUUGUAGAAACAAUAGGAGGCGCAACAGCUUGGAUGCUUUACUGUGAGUAUGUACAGGAACAAAGCCAGUUCAAAAUGACACAUAAAUUGUUGGAUAUUACAUCAUGCAGCUGAUAACUAGCUUUUUAGCAUGUUUAAUCAAACCUAAAGCAUAGUUUUGUUGUUGUAAUACUUCAGGAAUCAAUCCAAAUCAGGUUGUUGAAAGAUAUCAAGAAUACAAGAGCUUUGUAAAUGUAAGUGAAAUCCGGAUAAUUUGGGAAGAAAAUCUGAAAAAAACUAAUUGCAGCUACUAAAUGACCAUAAAAACUAUUUUAUAAUCUCUACUGAUGGGUUAAACAAAUACCAGGUGAUCUCUAAGAAUUUAAAAUGCAAAUCUACUGGUUUUUAAAAUUCGAAAACUAAAAGCAGAUAAAAAGGGAAAGUUCUAACAACCCAGGAAAUGAUUUUUAAGAAGCUAAGACAAAAGAUUCAAAAUUUAGAACUGGGAAAUGAUGACUUUAAGUUUUUAAAGGUUAUAAGUAGAUUCAAAGUUGAUGAUCACACUUAAGGAGGUUCAAGAUUUAAACUUUGGGUUUCGAAAAUAUAGAUCUACACAUUUUAGUGUUAUCUCUAGGCCUUGAGAAGCUAAAGCUAGAUAUAUCCAUGGUGUUUGGAAUAAAUCAUUUCCUCAACCUUUCCUCCUAACUCAUGGCGUGUGGUGGAAAGAAAGGGUGAAGAACAUGAAGCAUAAAUCUCAAGAAUGGCCUAACUAGCUCUCUAAGCAUCCAUGGCGUUUGGGAAAGGGUGAGCUAGUCUCUUGGAUUUGGAUUUAAGGGAUCUCCUAAGUUCUGCUAAGAUAAAGAAAUCCCUGAGAUCAAAGGGAUAUUUCUCAAGAGUCUCUAGGCUUUAAAACUCCCAAAUCCAAGAAGAGAUUAGGUUAAGUGCAAGAAAAACCCAAGCUUAAACCCUAAAAACCCUCUUAAUCACCCCAACCUUAAACACUUGGUGGAUUAGUCACUACACAUGAUUAGAGCAUAUGAAAAUGUAAAGGAAGAAAGGAUGAACAUGACUAAACGACUAAACAAGAAAGAUUAAGAUAAAUACUUAAGAUUAAAAGCAAGAUUAAGGUUUUAUAAAAUAUGAAAAGCUUCAAAUUAACAAUGGCGGUUUUUAGACUUAAAGAAGAAGGAGACAGAUUAUAUGGAUCUCUUCUUGCCCAAAAAUAGCGUAAAAACAUUUUAUACCAAAAGGGAAAUGGUCCCCUCACUAAAUUCCAAAACGUGAACUGUCCGGAUAAGGUUAGAGAUCGACCUGAGUCGUCGAUCUCUAACUCGAUCUUCUGCAUAGAACGUCCUCUUUUGCCCGAUCGUCGGGUUGAUUCAGUCGGGUGGAUCGAGCGCUUCUAUCGAUCUUCUGGUCGAUCCUCUAACGAUCGAGUCGUGACCUCGAUCUGGCCCUCGUUCUUGGUCUUAGUUUCCGUGUCCGUACUCACGUUCGAUCAUCUUGGGCGAUCUUGACCUCGAUCUUCUUCUUUGAAACGACCCGAGUGUCUCGAUCUUUUGGUCGAUCUCGUCUAGAUCGACCUGCCUAGCUCGAUCUUCGCCUCGAUCUCGGUUCCUUUGCUACAUGGCCGAGUUCUUCCAAGUAUCCAUAGACUCUCUUUCGAUCCUUAGCAUAUCCACGCACCCUCCAUAGCUCCAGUGUAUCUAAAACAACUUGAAUAUGAUGCAAGAAUGCAAGAAAUAUACAAAUGCUAAUGCAAAGUGUUCUAGAACCUAAAAUGAGAUAAAUGGUGCAAACUAGACUAUUAUGAAAGAUGUAUGCACGAAAACUACUCUAAAUGUAUACUAAAUAUGCGAAAUAUAUGAGUAUAUCAACUCCUCCAAACUUGCCUUUUGCUUGUCCUCAAGCAAACAAAAUUCAAGCUCGGAACAGAGGUUUAAAAAUGGGGGGUUCAAAAUCCAAAAGUGUUUUUCAAAUGAAUCAAUUCAAUGGUCCUAGUUCUCAAUUCUAGGAUGCAGUACACAAACUUCUACUCUAAAGAACUUAGCCAUAUUCAUCACAUAUUGAAUCUCAAAUCAUGACUCGCCUAUUCCAAACAAUCCAAGAAUCUUAACCUUUAACAUUCAUUUAAGUUUAAACUGUGAAUCACACUUAUGCAUUUAAAGCCAAAUACAUUCGGCUAGGGACAAGGUUAUGAGAUAAAAAUGAUCUCAUUCAUGUGGGUACUCCAAGCAAUAGUUUAUCUCAAAAAGGAUUGAAUUUAUGCAUAAUGCUAAAGGUAAAAGACAAUGUAUGCAUACAUGACUAGACUCUCAUCUGCCCAAAUAUACUAACAAUGAUCCUAAUCCCUCUCUCAUUUUUUUUUCAAGCUCACUCACCCUCUAGAGACUAUCCAAAUCAAACAAGGCAAGACGCCAAUCAUAACCCAUAUAAACACAUUCAUUCAAAUUCAUCUUAGGGAAACAUCUUCAACCUUUCUUAUAGCUAGUGGUAUGGCUAUAUAUAUAUUUUUAGCUCUUUUCUUUUCUUUUGAUAGCUCUCUUCUCAUAUAUAUAUAUAUAUAUAUUUAUUUUUAUUUUCUUUAUGCACAUGGUCUUUUGGCUCUUUUCUUAUAAUUUUUUUUUUUUAGAGCUAUCUCUUUUUCUUUUCAAUUUGAGUUUUUAUUUAAAACAAUUCAAGACCAUCAGCUUAAAACUAUGUAUCCCUUUUUAUUCAAACUCCAAACACCAACUUCUUUUCAAACCCGAAACAAGUAAGCAUUUUCUUCAACACCCGUGAAUUCUAAGCAUUUUCUUCAACACCCGUGAAUUCUCACCCCAAAUCAAGCCUAAAAGUAGCUUCAAUAUGCAAAGCUAGCAUCAAUAUGAGAGCCUAACAUGUCACCCUAAACCUAACACUCUAUACCAAGUUCAACCGAAAAUUUAAGGCCUCACAAUAUCACACACAAAAUUUGGCUUGAAAGGAGGGUAAGGGUUAAGGUGAGGAGUUCUAUUUAGGCUUACAAAAGAGUGGUGAAGGGAAUAAGAAAGCCUAAAUAUGUAUAUGUAAUCCAUGUAUUCUUUUUCAAAUCUAUACUAUUAUUUGGGAAGUAGCUUUCCGACAUGGCGUUCCCACGUUCGUUCUCACCAUACUUUAGCCAUCGAUUUUUCCAAUUAUACUCUUAAUGAAAGCCGUGAUCUAAUUCUCGGUUUAGUGUUAUUGAUUUUGAUUUUGAUUUUGAAUUGUAGCCCACAAAAUUAUUCAUUGUAAACCCAAUAUUAUUUUGUGUAAACCAUAAAUAUAUUUUUCUAUAAAUAGUGUAAUUCUCUUUAGCUACUUUUAUUUUUCUUGCAGCCGUAGGUUUAGCUUCGUUCAUAUAGAUUUUCCUGUAGGUUUAGUUUAGUUCAUGCAUAUUAUUGUUUGUUUGUUUUUGUUAUAUUUGGUAUAUAAGACUGAUUUUGUAAGUUUUUGUUUUAUGAUAUAUGCAUAAAGGAUAAUCAACAAAAGCUAACCCUAAAAAAUCAAACAAAAAGUAUGUUUUUUAUGUUUUUUCUUCACAUCGAGCUUCGGAUAACAUGAUAUUCACGAUUAUUGGUAAGAAUCCAAACCCUCUUCUUCUACUUUUGAGGGUUUAAUUUAGUUAAUGCAUAUCAUAAUUUGUUCGUCGUCUUCUUAUAUUUGGCGUAUGAUUUAUCGAUUUUUGUUUUAGGGUAUAUGGAGAAAGAUAAUCAACUAAUGCCAGCCCUAAAAGGUCAAACAGAAAGGUAUAUGGAGAAAGAAAAUCAAAUGCACACUCUUUCUGUCUCUGUCCUUCUCUCUCUCCAAUCGGAAGCAAAUAUGGAUUCCACGAAGCUUAGUGAGCUCAAGGCCUUCAUUGAUCAAUGCACCCUUCCCUUCUCUCUACAUCUACGCUCUCUUUCAUCUGCGAGUACCUCAAGAGUCUUGGUGCUAAUGAAGAACACAAAGACACCGAAGCGUGGAAGAAGAGAGUGAUGGUUAUAUGGAGUAAACCGAAGCCCAAAGUGGAGGAAGAAGAAGAGGAUGAAGCGAUUGUUGAAUCUGAUGUAGAUCUUGAAGGAGACACUGCUGAACCUGACAAUGAUCUUCCUCAAAAGCUGCUCAAGAAGCUCUCUGAAGGAAAGUUUGAUGAAGCCAUUGAGCAUCUAACUCAGUCAGUAAUUUUGAACCCGACAUCAGCCAUUAUGUAUGGAAACAGAGGAGAGUCUAGCGUCUCCGUUAAGUUGAAGAAGCCAAAUGCUGCCGUUCGAGAUGCAAACGCUACAUUGGAGGUACAAUGUAACUGCGUACCAGUUGUGCCGUUAUCGGCCCUUUUGAAAGGUGAACGGAGAGUGAUUAUUCAAGACGAUGAGACGAUAUUGCUGCUUUGGUACAAGAACUACGUGUUCGCGAUUGUGAAUCCUUCUCCGGCGGAAGGAGCGAUGGUUGCAUUGUGUGCCCAUCAACGAAUAGUACAUUUGAUCUUAGAACCGGAGAAGUCUGAGAAUGAAAACAUCUACAUCAGCAUUAGAGACAACAGGAAAAUCGAUGCAGCUGCCGAGAUCAUCUUCAGUGGAAAAGCUCAGCCUGGAGUUACAGCAACGAAUGUCAAUGUAGACGAGGUAAAUAAAAAAGAUAGACAUGAAAUGAUUGAUGAACAAUUUGUGAAUCAGGUGGAAAUGGUGGUGGCCGAGGGUUCUAAAGGAUUUGGUUUCUCAGCGAAGAACGAAGUGAUUAACGGGAAAGCGGCGGUGAUAGGGUUCUUGCUGUUGACAGGUAAAGGUCUAUCGAAAGGGACAGCGUUCUUGGACUUCCUUUGCUCUGCUUCAGAUGCUUUCAAGUAG